UCCGCGGCAGUGGCAGGGGGAGCUGAGCGGCAGCGCCUCCUCCCUCCCUCCCUCCCUCCCUCCGCGCCGCGGUGGGCUCGGCCGCGGCAGCCGGGGUGCGCUGCGCUGCGCUGCGCUGCCCUGCCCUGCCCGGCCCUGCCGAGCGAUGGACUGGCAGGUGCUGACCAGGGAGCUUUCCCUCUACCUGGAGAGCCAGGUCCGAGUGGGGCUCUUCGGCUCCGGCGUAGGCUUGUCCUUGGUGCUGGGCUUCGGCGUCGCCUACGCCUGCUACUACCUCAGCAGCAUCGCCAAGAAACCCCAGCUGGUGGCCACCAACGACAGCUUCUGCCGCUUUCUUGAGGAAUAUUGCCCUGUUGUGACAGAAACUUACUAUCCCACGAUUUGGUGCUGGGAAGGUCGGAUGCAAACACUCCUGCGUCCCUUUAUCACCUCCAGACCCCAAGUACAGUACAGGAAUGAGCUCAUUAAAACAGCAGAUGGAGGACAGAUUUCAUUGGAUUGGUUUGAUAAUAAUGACAGCUUAUAUCAUCCGGAUGCCAGUACAAGACCCACUGUCCUGUUACUGCCUGGCCUGACAGGAACGAGCAAGGAAUCCUACAUUCUUCAUAUGAUCCAUCAAAGCAAAACGCUGGGAUAUAGAUGCGUGGUUUUUAACAAUCGGGGAAUUGCUGGUGAGGAGCUAUUGACACCAAGGACCUACUGUGCCUCUAACACAGAGGAUUUGGAGGCUGUUAUUCAUCAUGUACACAGCUUGCACCCCUCAGCUCCAUUCAUAGCAGCAGGUGUUUCGAUGGGAGGCAUGCUUCUUUUAAAUUACCUGGGCAAAACUGGCAGAGACACUCCUUUAAUGGCAGCUGCAAUUUUCUCUGCGGGUUGGAAUGUUUUUGAAUCUGUAGAAUCUCUGGAGAAGCCACUAAACUGGCUUCUUUUCAACUAUUACUUGACUACUUGUCUACAAUCCUCUAUCAGCAGGCAUCGACAAAUGUUGGAGAAAUUAUUUGAUAUGGAUCUCGUGAUGAAGGCUAGAACUGUUAGAGAAUUUGAUAAGCAGUUCACUUCAGUCAUGUUUGGCUACCGUACAAUUGACGAUUACUAUGAAGAUGCUAGCCCAUGUCGCAAGCUGAAGUCAGUAGGAAUUCCAGUGUUAUGUCUAAACUCUGUGGAUGAUGUUUUCUCACCAGGUCAUGUUACUCUUUGAAAACUGGAACUUUGAAAGGCAUUCUUUACUGAAACAUACGGAGAUUUCUGCCUGUUCAGGUGUAUAUUUAGCAUACUUAAAACUCCAGAGGAAUUUGCUUAAAUAAUUUUUACAUCAAGAGUGCAAACGCCACAGCUCCAUAAAGCUUCACUGUUGCGCCAACCAGUUAAUGGGAUAACAGUCAUCCCAUCACACUGAAAUGCCAUUUGUAUUUCAAAUAUGAUAAUAAAAUACAUGCCAUAAUAUUUUAUUAUGUAUGUCAUAUUAAAUAUUAUGUAUAAUUAUAAAUUCUCGUUACUAAAUAUUAUGGCAUUCUAAUAUUAUAUUAACCUUUUAUUAUUCUGACAUAUAAAAGUCAUAUCCUUUCCCUGUUAUCAGUCUCCCCUCGCUGACCUUUAUUUUCUGUCACAAAGGGAAUUGCCCAGGUGAUGGCAUUGAAUCAGCUGAAAACUAUCUCAGCAAGAGAAAAAUCCUUGUAGUAUCUGGUCUAAUAAUCCAAAUCCUAAAUUAAAUAAUUCUCUAGCAGUCACUAUUCAGUAGAGAACCAGUAACCUUUCUGUGCAGCUCUCUGUGCAGUUUUUUGCCCUUCCUCUGUUUCUGAUUACCUUGCAUAUUUAGAUUAUGAGCAGGUAUAAAUGUAUGGUGAAUCAGACAGCAUGAUGAUAACCCAGCAUAUCUUUAAUAUCAGCUGAUAGGAUAUCUUACAGACAAAAAUCUUACCGACAUUAAAGGUUUUGUGUUUGCAAUCUCCUACAAAAGGAAUGGGAUUCACAAUUAGGGUUCCAGUUUUUCAGUUUUUCCAAAGCUGAAUGUUGCAACACAGGUUGAAGACUACAGGCUUCAUUGUCCUUUCACUUAUACUGUUUAUACCACAUCAUGAGUGUGCAUUAACAUGAGUGCUGUGCCAUCAGUGAGACUGAAAGAAAGUUGAAGCUGGAACUUUUACAGCAGCCAGAAAAAUCACACAGAGAAGGUGAGAGGCUUUUAAUGCAGAUAUGGUUCUACGUCCUGCAGUACGUUUAAGCAUACGUAAUUUGUGCAUAUUUAUUCAUAUAUAUUACAAGAAACAUUUAAGAGAAAUUAUUCAGUAGCUGGCACUUCUUAGAAGGAUAAGGACUUAAAACUUUCUUUCCCCCCUUUUAGCUAUACCAGUAGAAACUGCCAAACAAAACGCAAACGUUGCUUUGGUUCUGACUUCGUGCGGAGGCCACAUCGGUUUUCUGGAAGGAAUAUGGCCAAGGAAGUGCACUUACAUGGACAGAGUCUUCAAGCAGUUUGUGCAAGCUGUGUUCGAGCAUGGAAAUAAAAUCUUUAGCAUGUAGAUUUGGACCACUAUUCUAGCUCAGUGGCACAUUCUGACAAGGGCAGUUCAGCUUAAUGCACAAAUUUUAACUCCUGUAAGCCAGCAAAUGGAUAAAGUCCAUUACUACAUGCAAAACUAUUUUUGCCUAAGAUUUUGUAGCAAGAGACUAAAUAUUAUGUUGUCACUUUUAUAUUUAUUUUUAAUAUGCCUUACUAAGAAUGAUCUUAAAUGAAACAGCAUUCCACAUGCAUCAAAUUGCACUUAACCACAACCAUCAAGUAGAUAGAUUGUCAUUCCUCUGGAUUUUAAUUUAAACCGGUACAUAUUUAGGAGACUUAAUUUAGAUGGCUUUUAGUAUUGGAAUGGCAACACUCAAAACAGCAUAUAUUAUCCUGUCACAUGUAGUACAAGUUGGCCUGUUCCUUAGGGCACUAAUGGUGAAAAUCUUAAAAUAGGAAAACAGAAGGAGGAGGGAAAACAAAGCAGCACUGAUUCCUCAAAUAAGUCAAAAUUUCAGCAUGAUAUUCCAUAGGAUUAGACUGAUAACCUGCUUUUGCUCUUCUGCCCUGAAAGUAUUCCAAUUUAGGGCUAGUUAUUGUUUUUUAAACUGUGUCAAUGCCAUACUUGUCUUACAUGAUUAUUUUUAAACAGCUAAUUUAUAGUGUUUACAUAUAACCAAAAGAUUCCUUUCAAACAGUACUGUAAUAGCUUCCUUAAUUAAAAGACAUCUUCUUGCAUUUCUAAGUUCAGGUAAAGCUUGCGUUAUCAUAUAUGUAAUACAUACCUCAUAUAACUGGUAAGCUGUGAUUCCAUCUGUUACGUUUAUAUUACCCUGCAAUAACAUUUCAGUUUUAAAGAAGAAAUAUUAGAAAAAUCAAGACAUUAUGAGAUAAUCUGCUUUAAAUAAAAAAAAAAAAAAGGAAAGAAAAAAAGAGAUAUAUCCAAACCCUUUGUCUCUGCCGUUGUUUCAUAUAACCUCUAGAAAGAAUGUAACAGACUGUUUAAAGAAAGCUGGAGCUGGGAUGGGGGUCAGAGCCCUGUCUCUCUGGUGUGUUCAUUUCAUAAUUUGUCAGCACUUCAGCAAUAGGCGGUCAAAUCAUUGAAGCCUCUGCAAAGUGAUUUCUGCCCUAGAGGCUUACGAGUUUGUGAGGCUGACCGGGGUGUCACUGAGCUCCUCAGCCUUGAAACAGAGUGAGAGCCAGCGUGGACCUUGGAGGAGAAAGGACAGUUGGACAGAAUGUAUUCUGAAGUGGAUGGGAAGCCCAAAUGUAGGGCAUACCGAAAUCACAAAAAAGGCUUUUAAGCAGCUUCUGUGGAGCUCCCACUUCAUGCCGAUCACUGAUCUGGGCCCAGCCACACAAGAUAAGUCAGUAAAGAUGCCUUUGCAUUUUUAUUUUUAUCUUUUGAGUGGGGUCAGUAUGAGAAGAAAAGGCGGAUAUAAAAAGCCAGUCAGGUCUUUUGCCUCAAGCGGUACGUGAGCAGCCCUUUUUUGCCAGGCAUGUUUCCUAGUAACAGCCAGGGAAGAACAAAAAUACUUUUUGUCUUUAGAAAAAGAAAUUGGGACAUGCUACACGAAAGCUGGUUUUGGAAGGUGGGAGGCUAAAUUAAAAAAUUAGAAAGUGCUUUCAAGUUUUGACUUUUCAGACAGGCAUCGGCCCUUGCCCAAGUCACAAAGUCUAACUUCUUUUUUCUCUAAUAAGGAAAAUGAGACAAGAGACUUGUAAAAGCAAAAUGGCAUUUUGUGCAUGUUACUGCAGUACAUGAAAUCAGCAUAUUAGUAGGGUGCCUUAUUUAUUCCUACAUUCAUUUCCAGUUUUUAUGUUCGUACAGAAACAAUGAGCAAUAAACAAUGUGUUGAGCAUUAUAUUUGUUAAAUGUUUGAGUACAGUACUGUUCAAAACUUAGCAUCGUGUAUUAAUAAAACCACUUACGCACAUCUUACUGUUUAAAUAAAAGUAACAUGAUUAAUGGCAGAA